UUAGAAUAUUCUCCUAAUAUUUAGAGAAAAACUUCCAAGUCCAAACGGUCAAACGCAAAGUUAUAAGCACCAAAACCAAACAAUCUUAAGAACCGCAAAGUUAAUGAUGAAAUCUUCAAUCAUAUUUCUUUCUAUUCUAAUCUACUUAACACUUUCACACGCAUUAAUUCAAAACGAGAAUUCAUCAGAAUCAGUCUACGAAAUCCUUAAGCAAUAUGAUUUCCCAGUUGGUAUUCUACCACAAGGUGCCACUGGCUACGAGCUAAACAAAAAUACAGGCAAAUUCACAGUGUAUUUUGACGAUACAUGCAUCUUCCCUAUAAAAUCCUAUGAUCUCAAGUAUAAAUCUACCAUCAAGGGUGUUAUCUCCAAAGGCAAACUCAGUAAAUUGAAGGGUGUUACUGUCAAGGUUGAAUUGUUGUGGCUCAAAAUUGUGGAGGUGACUCGUCAUGAUGAUUAUCUUCAAUUCUCUGUUGGUAUUGCUUAUGCUAAAUUUGGUAUUGAUAACUUUUUAGAGAUUCCUCAGUGUGGAUGUGGAUUUGAUUGCAACGGUUUGAGUAAAGAUGGUGACACAACUCACAAGUCCUAUUCUUUGUCUCUUGUUGAAAUUGGAUCUUACCGGUCGGUUUGAAGGUUAGAUUCAAUGUUUUAAUCUGGGCCUGACAGGCUAAUUCAAACGCAACUGCUGAGAAGUGGUUAGGGGGCGCGGUUAUGGUGCAUAAGGAAAUCUUUAUGCACCCUGCAUAAAUCCAGAAAUGGUUUCUGUGAGUUGUACU